AUGGCUAGUUAUCAACAACGUUCGUGUCGAUAUCCAAAUUUACUUGUUACAGUGAAACCAGAAACUGAAGAAAGAUCAGUAACUGAAAUCGAUACAAAACAACGAACACAUCGUUCAAAAAAUAAUUAUUAUUCAUCAUAUUUCUAUCCAACAACUAUUUAUUAUAAUAGUAAUCAUCGAUAUCAACAAGCAAAACAACAUUCUACACGUUCAUCUUCAUCAACAAUUCAACAUCGUUCAAAAAAUCAUGAUCAUUUUUAUUAUUAUAAUCAACAACAACAACAACAACAACAACAACCAAUUCGUCCAUUAAUGGAAAUAAAAAAUAAUCAGUUUUCUUCAUAUAAUAAUUUAAAUGAUAAUAAAAUUACAUAUUCAAAUUUAAAACAAAGAGAACCAAAACAACGUGGUCAAUAUCGUAAUAGAAAAGCUGAAUUAGAUUGGGAUCAUGCGUUUGAUCUUGAUCAAAUUGAUUUAUAUACAACACAAAAUGAUAGUGAUAAUUAUUCACUUAUAAGUGUUCAUAGUUCAGGUGAUAAUUCAUUGUCAUCCGAAUAA